AACUUUGCAGGCAUCGGUCAAACUGGGGUCGACCACGUGGAGCAUGCUCGUCGUCGUCGUCGCCAGCGUCGUCGCGGCGCCGGUUUCCGCGCUGCUGCUUGUGCUGCUGCUUCUCCGCGCCUACAACGCCACGCGCCAACAGCGCGUCCUCGGCUUCUUUCACCCGUAUGCUGCGUCGGGCGGUGGCGGCGAGCGCGUCCUCUUUUGCGCGCUGCAAGCGCUGCCAGCAACCGCACACGUCGUCAUCUACGUCGGCGACGCCAUUAGCGCGACCAAGCUGCUCGAAGAUGCGCACCACCGCUUCAAUUUUAAAGUGACCGACGUCAAGUGCCAUGUAGACGUGGUGCAUUUAAGGUACCGCCACUUGCUCCAGGCCAAGUACUACCCGCGCUUUACGCUGCUCGGGCAGAGCCUCGGAAGCAUGCUCGUGGGCCUCGAAGCGUUCAUGCGCUGCCCUGUGGCCGUCUGGAUCGACACGACCGGGUGUGCGUUCACGUACCCGUGCGCGUGGCUUGGCGGCGCCAGCGUUGUGACGUACACGCACUACCCAACGAUCUCGAUGGACAUGCUUGGCGUCGUCGCCCGGCGCGACGUGACGUACAACAACAGCGCCGACGUCGCCGGCAGCGCGCUCAAGAGCCAGGCCAAACUGGCCUACUACCGCUUCUUUGCCUUCUUGUACCGAUGCGUCGGGUCGUUUGCAUCGGUCGUCAUGGUCAACUCGAGCUGGACACACAAUCACAUUAAGCAGCUUUGGACACACACCGCGCCGCUCGUCGUGUACCCGCCAUGCGGCUCGACGGCGUUCGAAGCAUACCCACUCUCCGGGCGCGACGCGAUCGCGCUCUCGGUCGGCCAAUUCCGGCCCGAGAAGGACCAUGCGCUGCAACUGGCCGCGCUUCACCGCCUUGUAGAAGAGCAUGCGGAUCUCGUACGUGCAACGAACUUUAAACUCGUGCUCCUCGGCAGCUGUCGCGGCGCCGACGACGAAGCCCGCGUGCAGGCGCUCCGCGACGAGUGCGCGCGUUUAGGCCUCGCGUCGUACGUCGAGUUUGUCGUCAACGCACCGUUCGCGCAGCUCGAAGCGUACUUGGCCAAGUCGCUUCUUGGACUGCACACGAUGCGCAACGAGCACUUUGGUAUUGGUAUCGUCGAGAUGAUGGCUGCGGGCGUCGUGGUGAUCGCACACAACUCGGGUGGCCCCGCCGCCGACAUUGUCAAGCCGGGCACGGGGUACCUCGCGACGACGGCCGACGAGUACGCAGCCAGCAUGCACCGCGUGCUUACAAGCCAUGACACGAGCGAGAUGCAAGCCGAUGCCCGGGCGUCGUCGCGCCGCUUCUCGGACGAUGUGUUUCGAGACGCCUUCUUGGCCGCGGUUGCCCCCGUCUUGUAGACACGACCCGUCUAGCCGAUCCUAGCCAGGGGGAAAUGAAGGGUCAGGUGAUCGAUCGAUGAUGGAAUACCCCUAAUCCUAGUACUGGCUUCAACACCGA